AUGUUAGAUGAUGGAACUACAGGAAUAACACCAACGGUUUCCAGUUCAAUGGAGGUACUGGAAGUGACGCUGGAUGAAAAAGCGGGUAUUCCAACUCAGUUUUACAAAGUAUAUACCUUACCCAACACCACACGUUGCAUAUCACCCUUAUCCGACACCCCACACCACCCCUCCACCACCGCACACACCCACCCCACAUCCCCGCACUCCAGCCCACCCCACCCACUGCCUAACCACCCCACACCCCAAGAAACCCACUCCUUCCCAACCCCCCCUACACCCCACACUCCUUCACCCGACCACCAUCCCCAUCCCACGUCCAUCCACACCCCAAUUCCACACCCUCACAUCCCACUGCCCAAUCACCCCACACCCAAAGCACCUAUUCCUUCCCACCAUCCCCACACCCCCCACACCCAACCCUACACUCCCUCACCCACCCCACAUAACAUCCCCAUCCCACAUCACAUCCACACCCAACCCCAACCCCAACCCAUACCCGACACCCGACCCCGGGACUGCAACGUGAUUUAG